UAAUUUUCCAUAGAUAAUACCAACGUCUGUGCUAGAAAUUGCAAAUCUUUGACACACGACUAUAUCCUGUACCGAAGGUUCUUUUCCGGCGUGUGCUAGUUGAGUAAGGUUGCCAGAAUGGCGCCUAAACGGAAUAAUAUGAUCCCUAAUGGCCAUUUCCAUAAAGAUUGGCAGCGAUUUGUGAAGACCUGGUUCAACCAGCCUGCUCGGAAGUUUAGAAGGAGGCAAACUAGGAUUAAGAAAGCCCGAGCCAUUGCUCCUAGACCAGCUGCAGGCCCUCUGCGCCCCAUCGUGAGGUGCCCAACAGUUCGGUAUCAUAAAAAGUUACGUGCAGGAAGAGGAUUCACUCUUGAUGAGAUUAAGGGCGCAGGAUUGAAUGCCGGCUUUGCACGCACAAUUGGUAUUUCUGUUGAUCACCGGCGUCGUAACAAGUCUGUGGAGUCUUUGCAACAGAAUGUGCAGCGUCUGAAGGAGUACAGAUCCAAAUUGAUCCUAUUCCCCACCCAUCCUAACAGGAAACUCAGGAAAGGGGAGGCUACUGAGGAAGAAAGGAAAGUGGCAACACAAUUGAAAACAACAGUGAUGCCAAUCAAGCAACCUGGAGUCAAGUCUAGGGCUCGUAAAGUGACUGCAGAGGAGAAGAAAUUCUCAGCUUUUGCCACCCUUCGUAAAGCUCGUACCGAUGCAAGACUGGUUGGAAUUAGAGCCAAGCGACUGAAGGAUGCAGCAGAAAAUCCUGAUGUUGUCACAAAGCCUGGCAAAGAAGGCAAGAAGAAGAAGAAGUAAACUGUAACUUAAAAUUGCUGGAUUUGUUUGAAAAUUAAGGCUUUGUAAUAUAUAAUAUAAACUUUGGAAUUAU